GCUGUUACCCUCCUGCAGGGCAAUGGGCCAGUCUGCGUGUUCCUCCCACUAUUUUCCACUGAGCGACAAGGCUGCACAUUGUGCACAGACCGGCCAGCCAGCCAGCCAGCCAGCCAGCCAAGGUUACACAGUCGGGUUCUCUCUCCCGCCUCUUAACGUAAGCAGUCCGACGCACACAGCCGCAUCUCUUCAUCCACACUCAACAUUUUGCUCUUUAUCUAACGCAACCGGACGGCUGAGUGACUUUAUGGUGACAAAUGGAGACCUUUAAUCAUAAACUGAACGCUUACUUUGAGACAUGGAUGGGUCCCAGAGAUCAGCGGGUGCAGGGAUGGCUGCUGCUCGACAACUACCCACCAACCUUUGCACUCACAGUCAUGUACCUUCUGAUCGUGUGGAUGGGGCCCAAGUACAUGAAACACAGGCAGCCGUACUCCUGCAGAGGCCUCCUGGUGCUCUACAAUCUGGGCCUCACAGUCUUGUCCUUGUACAUGUUCUAUGAGCUUGUUACUGCUGUGUGGUACGGUGGCUACAACUUCUACUGCCAGGACACUCACAGUGCAGAGGAAGCAGAUAAUAAGAUCAUAAAUGCCCUGUGGUGGUACUACUUCUCCAAGCUCAUUGAGUUCAUGGACACCUUUUUCUUCAUACUACGGAAGAAUAAUCACCAGAUGACGUUUCUUCACAUCUACCACCAUGCUACCAUGCUGAAUAUCUGGUGGUUUGUUGUGAACUGGGUACCCUGCGGCCAUACAUACUUCGGCCCCACCAUAAACAGCUUCGUCCACGUUGUGAUGUAUUCUUACUACGGUCUGUCAGCCAUCCCAGGUUUGCGGCCAUACCUGUGGUGGAAGAAGUACAUCACACAGUUACAGCUGAUCCAGUUCUUUUUAACCAUCUACCAGACGAUGUGUGCAGCCGUAUGGCCAUGUGGCUUUCCCAAGGGAUGGCUGUACUCCCAAACAAGUUACAUGGUCACACUCAUUUUAUUUUUCUUAAACUUCUACAUUAAGACUUACAAGAAGCACAGCGGUUCUCUGAAGAAGGAGCAUCACAACGGCUCUCCUGUAUCAACAAAUGGAAACGCAAAGGCGACACCAUCUCUGGAGCACACUGCACACAAGAAACUGAGGGUGGAUUGACAUUUGAGAAAGCCUCACCUCAUUCUCACUGUAGCGUGUUAGCUAAUGCUGCUAAGAGGUAUAUGGAUCUUCUUAUCUAGAAUAGUUGAGCACUCACUUGAGAUGAAAUAAGCCAUAGUUACAUAAAUGGAGAUAAUUUCCAUGUUUUUGAACACGUUCCUACACAUUGAUUAUAUUAAUUAAUAUAGUAUUAAUUUAUUAAUAUA